UUCGUUUUCGUACAACAACGUGUCAAGUUGUUUUUGAGGUCGUUUCCUUAAAUUUACGCAUCUAAAGUUUUCUUAAAAUUCAAGUGAGUUAUGUAAAAUUAAAUCGGUAUUUGCCAUAAUGGCAGACGAGAACGAAUCGAAUCUUUUUGAAUCCCGUAAAAGCACUGCUUUCAAUUUGGAUGACGCCGUAACUAACAGCACCAAAGUUCUGUCGGAAGCGGAACAAAGGCUGUUACAGGAGCAGAACAAACGGAUGGUCUCGGACUUCCAGUCGCGAAAGCUUGAGCUGGAAGCCCGCAAACACUGGGACUUGUUUUACAAACGUAACGAGACCCGAUUCUUCAAGGAUCGUCACUGGACGACACGAGAAUUUGAGGAGCUGCUUUGUGACGGAACGACUUCCGGAUCCGGUGCGACAGCAGAACUGAAGCGAUUGCUGGAAAUAGGAUGCGGCGUGGGUAACUUGGUAUUUCCGCUAUUAGAAGAAGGAAUCGGACAUUAUUUCAUCUAUGCAUGCGAUUUGUCUCCACGUGCUGUUGAGCUGGUGAAGCAACAUAACCUAUACAAUGAGCAACACAUCAAAGCCUUCCCAUGCGAUAUAACGACUGACGAUGUGUUCCAGACUGUUGAACCCGGGAGCUUGGAUUUGAUUACCUCGAUUUUUGUGUUGUCUGCCAUUCACCCGGGCAAAUUUGCUACAGUAGCCCGCAAUUUGUUCCGGUUGUUGAAACCUGGCGGAAUGGUGCUGUUCCGGGACUAUGGUCUGUACGAUAUGGCCCAGCUACGCUUCAAAGCCGGUAACAAGAUAGGUGAAAACUUCUACAUGCGGCAAGAUGGCACGAGAAGUUAUUUCUUUGCCGAUGCAGAAGUUGAGCGUUUGUUCCGAGAUGCUGGAUUUGAAACCGUAGUAAAUAACUACAUUCAUCGAAGGACCGUUAAUCCGAAGGAAGGCAUUGAUGUGCCUAGGAUAUUCGUGCAGAGCAAAUUUCGGAAGCCCGAUGGAUGAAAAGGUAACUCCUUGAAGAAAAGAUAAAAUGGCCACUGAAAAACUGCAGGCAUGCAUCUCUUUCAAGCUUAAGCUCAAGCUAGGAGAUAUCUUCUACGGGAACUAGUUUUUUUCGUAUGCUCCUGUGCGAGAUCACGAAUUGAACAAAAUGGAGUCGGCGUGUGCAUCGCUCGAAAAUGAUCAAAAUACCAAACGGAGGAUUUGAACCGUUUCAACUCACUCAUGAGACUGUCAACUCGUGGAAAUCUGCUAAGGAACCUGUAGGAAGUUCGGUGUAAGAGCGUUCAAGCACAACGGUGGACCGCAGUAAGAUCUUGCCUAAAGAUUUAAUACAUUUUUUUUUGUUUUAAACAA